AUGGUGCGGGAGGUGGGGGGGCGGGGGGGUCGGGGGGGGGGGGGGGGGGGGGGGGAGGGGGGCGGCGGGGUGGGAGGAUGGGGUGACAGGGGGGGGGGUGGCGCGGGUACGGGGGGUUGGGGGGGGGUUGUGGGGGCGGGGGGUGGGGCGGGGGGGGUGGGUGGGCGGGGGGGGGGAGGGGGGGAGGGGGGGGGCGGGGGGGAGGGGGGGGGGGGGGUGGGGGGGGGGGGGGGGGCGGGGAGAGGAGGGUGGGUGGUAGUGCGGGUGGGGGGACACGGGGGGGGGGGGCGUGGUGUGGGGAAGGGGGGGGCGGGGGGGGGGGGAGCGGGUGGGGCGGGGGCAGAAGGGGGGGAGUGGGGGGGGGCGGGGCGGGAGGGGGGGGGGGGGGGAGGGGGGGAGUGGGAGGGGUGGGGGUGGGGGGGGGAGGCGGGAGGGUGGGGGAGGGGGGGGGGGCGGUGGGGGGGGGAGGGAGGUAGGGGCGCGGGGGGGGGGGGGUGGUGUGCGGGGGGGGAGCGGGGGGGGGGGGGGGGGAGGGGGGCGGAAUUGGGGGGGGGGGGGGGGGGUUGGGGGGGGGAGGGGGGGGGGGGAGGGGAUGGGGGUUGGGGGAGAGGGGUAUGGGGCCGCGGGGGGGGGGGGGUGUGGUGGGGGGGGGGGAGGAGAAGGGCGAAGGGGGGGCUGUGGCAGGGAGAGGGGGGGCGGGGUGGGGGGGGGUGCGGGGGGGCGGGAGGGCGGGGUGGGGAGGGGUGGCGGCGAGGAGAGGGGGGGGGGGAGGGGGGAUGGAGGGGAGGGUUGUCGUGGGUGGAAUUGGCGGGAUCGCGGUGGGGGGGGGGGAGGGUGGGGGGGAGGGGGGGGGGGAGGGGGUUGGGGGGUGGGGUGGGGGGGAGUUGCGGAGGGGGGUGGGGGGGGGGGGGGGAUCGGAGGGGGGGGGGGGGGGGGGGGGGGGGGAGGGGUGCGGGCGGGGGGUGGGAAGGUGGCGGGGGGGAAGCGCGGGAGGGGGGGUACGAGGAGGAGGGCGUGUGUUGGGGGGGGGAUUCUUGA